CAUAAAUAAAUCAAAGAGAAAGGGAAUAUGCGGGUGACACCAACUUCAAUAUCUAACAGUUGUCGCUAGACGCCACCUACUCAUUGUUUCGUUUGCGCAACUUUCUAUACACUUCUUUCUCCGCCCAUCACCGUCGCUCAGUAUCAACCCCUCUCGUUCCAUCGAACAAAAUCAAAAUCCGUAUCCCCAAAAUGGCAGCAAUAUCAGGGAAGGUUGUCCAACAUAAUCUGGUAGCUAAGUGCUGCCAGCAGAAUAGGGAAUUGAGCACCAAAUACCAACUGCACUAUUGUACCCUUAAUAGGCGCAAUUUGCUUCCUCCUGUAGGAGGGAAGUUGGCAUGGAAUGGCAUCUCCACCAUGCAACUGGGCGCCUUAUCAAAAUUUAAGCGAGGAGUUAUUUAUUGCAAUGCUGCCUCAUCGGCCACUGCAAUUCCGUCUGUUGAGAAAAACGACUUUCUUAAGCUUCAGAAUGGCAGUGAUAUACGUGGAGUAGCCGUUGAUGGAGUUGAGGGAGAACCUCUUACUCUCACGGAGCCAGUUACAGAAGCAAUAGCAGCAGGUUUUGCUGGCUGGUUGAGAAAGAAAUAUGAUUCUUCUAAAUGUCUAAGAGUCUCCAUCGGUCAUGACUCACGAAUUUCUGCGCGGAAGUUACAGGAUGCUGUUUCUCAAGGACUUGCUAGAGCUGGAGUUGAAGUCAUCCAGUAUGGAUUGGCAUCCACACCAGCCAUGUUCAAUAGCACUCUUACAGUAGAUGAAGAAUUUUCCUGUCCAGUGGAUGGCUCCAUAAUGAUAACAGCAAGCCAUCUUCCCUACAACAGGAAUGGGUUCAAAUUCUUUACACGUGCUGGAGGUCUUGGAAAGCCAGACAUCAAAGAUAUCUUGGAGCGAGCUGCAGAGAUAUACAAAAAUAUUGCAAAUGAAUAUUCUAAGGGGGCAGAAACAGCCGUUUCUCUAUCUGUUAAAAGAGUGGAUUACAUGUCCAUUUAUGCCUCUAAUCUUGUAGCAGCAGUCCGCAGAGCUGCAGGAAAUAUAGAAAAGCCACUGGAAGGAUUCCAUAUCGUAGUUGAUGCAGGGAACGGAGCAGGGGGAUUCUUUGUAGGAAAGGUGCUUGAGCCUCUGGGUGCUAUUACUUCUGGCAGUCAGUUCUUGGAACCAGAUGGUUUGUUUCCCAAUCAUAUACCUAACCCAGAGGAUAAAACAGCCAUGAAAGCUAUCACCAAGGCAGUACUCGAUAACAGGGCUGAUUUGGGAAUCAUCUUUGAUACAGAUGUUGACAGGUCUGCAGCUGUGGAUUCGAGUGGUCGUGAAUUUAACAGAAAUCGUUUGAUUGCUUUAAUGUCUGCAAUUGUUUUGGAGGAACAUCCUGGGACCACUAUUGUCACAGACAGUGUUACGUCAGAUGGGCUGACAACAUUUAUUGAAAAGAAACUAGGAGGGAAGCAUCAUAGGUUCAAAAGAGGAUACAAGAAUGUAAUUGAUGAAGCUAUUCGUCUGGUACGAUUCGGUUAUUUGAUGCAUGGUUCUUAUAGUAACGUUUUCAAUGGUCCCAUGGUCUUUGUGAACAUAUUAGCAUGCCCAUUAUAAGAUGGAUCUUUUCAUGGUUUUAUUUGGUUCCCUAGAUUGUCCAACCAAUUGCCUACUGUCUGAGAUAGCAACAUGACAUCUUUGAUAGAAUUGUUUGGAUUCUGUUUCAUGUGCUUAUGAUGGUCAUGUCAUAGCUUUCUUUUAUUCCCUUUUCUAUGGUGAAAGAAAAACCAUCUCUUCAAAACAAUAGUAGUUGUAGGUUUAUUUUGCUUGAUCCAAAUCUAGUGUCCUUCGAUUUCAGAUUAUGCUGAAUAAUCUCCACUUAUCCCCCAAUAAAAGGAAGAAAGAAAAAGAAAAGGAAAAGAAGUCCUUUUUAUUUUUCUUGAAAAGGAAACGUUGCAUCCUACAUAAUAUUCUGAAUACU